AUGGCGGAAGAAUCGGCUCCGACAACGACAACCACAGUGGCUUCUAGCGACGAGAAGAAUUUUGUCGUUUCUUUCAUCCAGUUCAUUAGACAUAAAGUUUCGGCGAAUCAAUGUACAGAAGAUCAAGUCGAGGCGUUAGAAGUAGCUGUACAAUGUAUGGAGUCAGCAUUUGGUCUCACUGACGCAAAUUAUGCCUUCCAGCCCUCGAAGCCCCUUCUAGAUGUAUUCAUUGCUGCAGAAGGACUUCCCUCUGGCGAAGACAAACUACCAGAACCAACAGAAGCUGAAAUUGCCGAGGCUAACAAGCUGAAAGAAGAGGGUAACGACCUCAUGAAAGCGUCCCAAUUUGAUGCCGCCGUAAAUAAAUACAAUGAAGCCAUCAAACUGAACAGAGAUCCUGUUUAUUUCUGUAACAGGGCUGCUGCUUACUGCCGUCUGGAACAGUAUGAUCUCGCGAUCCAAGAUUGCCGAACAGCUCUCGCUCUCGAUCCUAAAUAUAGCAAAGCCUAUGGACGGAUGGGACUUGCCCUAUCAUGUCAAAACCGUUACGAGCAAGCUGUCGAAGCCUACAAAAAGGCGCUUGAGCUUGAUCCAAACCAGGAAAGCUUCAAAAACAAUUUGAAAAUUGCUGAGGAGAAAGUUAAGGAGCUGGAAGCGGCGGCACAAGCGAGUGGAGUACCACCAAAUCCUUUCGCUGCUAUGUUCGGACCUGGUGGUGCUGGUGGUGCUGGUGGAGCAGGAUUACCGCCUGGUGUGGACCUCGCUUCACUCUUCAACAAUCCACAAAUGCUGAAUAUGGCUCAGACUUUAAUGAACGACCCCAACAUCCAGAACAUGAUGGGCCAACUUAUGUCAGGUGGCGCUGGAUUCGGAAAUAUUUUCCAAGCUGGCCAACAGCUCGCCCAACAAAUGCAGCAGACGAACCCAGAGUUUGUUGAACAACUCAGACGACAAUUCGAAGGUCAUGGCCGAAAUAAUGAGAACGAAGAAGGUGGCGAGAACAACCAGCCGGAUCAAAACCAACAAUGA